ACAACGACGACAUGUGAAACACGUGACCGUUCGUACGAAUGAUACGUACGUAAAAUAUCGUACGUCCGAAUCGAUGCACUUCACCGAAAUUAAUACACGCGCGUGUGCACGCUCGACAAGAGCUACGACCACGCGAGUUUUGGCUUUUCAAUUAUUCGUGCGUUUUCCGUUUAUCGUCGGUUCUUUUCACUCCCUUCGCCACGAUUCAUUUGCCCCGGUGCAAUGUAACGUAUGUAUAAACGUCGAUUACAGGCUCAUCGAUCGAUACGGCCCAGUGGAAAAUCCACGAGAACACAAUCCCCAUGUACGGCCGUCUACUUUUCCUAUAAUUGUAUUUACGCAACGAGACCUGUAUAUGGAAAAUUGAAUGACCGGUCGUGAAAUCCUAUUGACCCAAGUAUAUAUCCCGCUCGAUAAUUAUUUACGAAGAUCUGUCACUUGGUGUUGUUUGGCGAGGGUGGAAUGAGUUUUUUCAAACGAUACGCCACCGCGGAGAGUGAACGUCGAAUACAACCCAAUUUGUUACGUCGCGUACCCAUAGUACGGACACCGAAAACAAUCCAUUAAUGAUAGCGGCGCCAUUAAUAUCAAAUUAUCGGGAUCGACGUGCGUUCUCCGAACAUCGUUACGGUAUCCGGCAACGUUGACCACGUUCUUAGAAACCGGUUCGCCUCCGUAUGGAUACCGACGUACGUAUUCGUACACGUUCGCGCGUCUGCAGUUUACACUAGGUGGUCCAUUUUCGUACGCCCGGAACGGAAGAAUUCACUUACGCUCGUAGCGGAUGUGAUAAUAUCGAAAAUCUCCAUCAGCCGAGUGACUCGUAGCGAGUCGUUGAAUCGAUCGUUCGGAAAAUAUUACAAGUUUCCGAACAGUCGGUUACACGUUUUCGUGAAAAGGGGAAUAAAAAGGACUCGAUUGAAAUGAGCUACCGUUUAUGACACAGGCACGCGACCACGCCACCGAGAGUUUGAAUAAUUGAACUCUGUUCCAAUCGUUACAACGGGACGAGGUUCGAAAAAUCGGUAUCGCGAGAUACGAAAGCAAUAAUCGAGGUAAGGAAGGAGGGUAAAAUUAAAAAACUGAUGCCGGACGAAGUCGCUGCGCUGCGGCACUUGGCCGCAACAGCGGCGUUAUACUUGUGCUAAUAAUUACGAGUACGCGAGUUGAAAGACGCGCUCGCAGACGAAACGUAAAAAUUCUGUAGCUAAACGCAAUUAACAAUUAAUAACGAACUAUCGUGAGCGUACGUAUAAGCCAGGUGGUUGGAGCGAGUAAAAGUAACCCUACUUCGAGUAUAAUAAUGCCUUUAUUAUUUAGCGGUUGGAAAUUCGUUUGGAUUAAUUAAAGCGACCGCACAAUAAGGGUGUAGACUAAGAAAAAAAAAAAUAAUAAUAAUUUCAAACCCACGUCUACCGGCGUGUUUCCUUACGUACAUAUAAUACCGCGCGAUGCUGAAUAAUCCUUCCGCUUUGUUCCGACAAUUCUAAUUUUAUAACAACGGGCUCGUACAAUUUUUGCGUGGAGAGAUGUGUACGCAACGAUACGAUAUAAUAUUCAUACGUACGUACGUACGUAUGAAACUAUUUUCAUUGAUACGCACAACGGACAACAUUUUUACUCUCGAAUAGGGCGGUGCGCGUGGGCGAAAUCGAGAGUUGAGAACUAGAAAAAUAAUCGAUCGAAAAAUCUGAGCCAAGGUAACUAGAUGUAAUCGCUCAUCGGAGGUUUUUUUCCCAACCGAGUGUUCCAUUUUCUCUCGAAAAUUUCGCUUUGAAACGAGGAACAACACCGUUAUCUAAUCGAAUAAUUCACACCUGUAAAUUACAGGUCACCGGCAGCUGCUGCGGCCACGUUCGUCCGGAAACCUCGUCGCCACUCGAAAAUUUUCGAAAAUUUGUACACAUCAACUACAAUAUCAACGACCAUUUUACACAUUUCAAUUACUCUCCGGUGCAGCCGAGCCGCCACCGCAAAGAAAAUAGAAUGAACGAAAUUGUUUGGAAUUGACGCGACGCAAAACGAACGAUACGAUUCGCGCGAUACUUUCGAUGGAGUUUCUUCAUGGGAAUUAGAAUUUCUCCGCAAUAGACGUACGGAUGACGGUGGUCCGUGAAAUCGAUCGGAUCCCGCCACGGGAGGCACACGACGAGGUUCGUAACUCCGUUACGGUGUACAGGUGUAUAUACGUAACACACCUGGGUGUAUAACUGUACAAAUGUGUAGGACGUACGACCGAAAGUGAAGUUGAUCUUGAAUGUACCACCUCGGGUAUAAAGCAGCGCGGAAUGGUCGGAUCGAUUUUACAACCUGUACCAUCUACGCAAAAGAAUUACAACUCGACCCGAACGAAAGAAAAAGUUGUUCCGUGUUCCGACCCUGGAGAAAAGAUUCCACUUGCGGCUUAGAUUGAUAAAGAGUAUCGAAAGUUACGCGAUGCUUAUCCCCGUUCCCUUUCUCACGAACAAAGAGUUAUCGAGUUGGACUCGGUGCGGAGUCGAUGCGAUUAUUAUUAGCUAUACCUGUACGGAGUUCGAAUCAAGCCCCGGUCAUUUAUUUAUAAUCAAUUUUUCUUAACGGCUCACUCUUGGAAGACGAUUCGUGAGGUGUCGCGCGACGAUUUAUUCAAAUCCGAACGAAUGAAAUAAAUAUUCUCUUAUUGCCCGUAUGACGUAACAUCCGAAGGAAUGCCUUUCAACGUCAUUCAGUCGAUGAUUCUGACGCGUUGAUAGAAUUACAUUCGUCAAUUUCAGUUAGCCGCUCGUGGAUGCUGCAGGUGUACUUCGAAGACGAAAAAGCCAAGCGUUCGACGAUUCUUUUCUAUAAUGCUAUAAUGGUGGAAUAUUUCUAUCCCUAUGGUAGUCGGAAACCGGUUCCACGCGGAUCUACCGAAGUGGUCACGAUAUCUCAUUUUGUCUGGUUGAAAAAAUUUCCCAACGUAUUAAACGGAAGAAACGAUUUUUCGAACAUGGAAAAGCGAAACAACAUCCACGUACUCGAACUCUACGCGGAUACUCGUUGCUCGUGGAAUCGACCGCACGAGUGGUACGAAUUCGGAGAUUAGAAUUUCCUCAGGAACGGAGUUUCGAAAAAACCCGGUACGGUUGGCGCCGCGAUUGUAUCGUUGAAACGUAAGCGCACCUUUAUUACGUUCGUAUCCACGACACGAUACCUGUAUUGAACAAUGUUUGAACGUUGAUCGACGUCGACGCCGGAGGAGAAUCCGGAGGGCAGCUGCGACGCGCCGAGGCUCUUAUCUCGAGAGAUAAGAGUUAAAAAUAUUACCAUUGACAUGAACCACAGCGUGCUGCCAAAGGCAAAAAAAAAUAUGCCAACCACAUCUAGAUGCAUGGGAACAAUAUCCAAGCGAUGGCCGAGAGUAUCGAUUAUUGAGAGCCCAGUUGAUAUCUGGUGAAAAGCUUCGGUAAUUGGACAAAGUGGAUCUUUCCAUCGAAUCCCAGUCCAUAAAUGUUCUUUCAGAUUAUUACGAAGUCGAUCAAUUGGUAAGCAACGCUCGUUUCAUCUCUCAGGGUUAAGUUUAUCGACUUCGAACUCCAUUCAGGCCAGAUUCCCGAAGUAUAUGCACGUUCUUUCAACAAACCAGUUAUACAAAUAGAUAAUACUGGAAUAGAUUAGUCUAGCAAAGAGAAAAAAAGCCCAGCUCAACCUCGGAGCGAAGCUUCGUUGUUUAAAAUUAAAUUUGGAAGAAAUUCAGCCGAGAAGCAACCGUUGGGAAUAUUUCAUCGUGGCAUACGAAACACCUGACUCAUAAUCAAUGACAAAUACUCUUCCUCUACGUAGCUGCAGCUUCUCGUGAAUAAUAUUGUACAGGGGUCUCGGAAAUUGAGCACAGCACGUUGGUACGAGUACAAUUUUCAUCGAAAAUACGAAGCUGUAGAGUGAACCAGAUAAGAGAAUCCUGGUCAUUCGCUAAUGAGCACAAAUUCUCAUCAAUCAAGAGCCAUGAAAAUAUGGGUGGGAAAAACCCCAAGUGAAGUUACGCCAACGUUGUUAUGGCGUAAACGAGUGCGGUAGAGUCAAUGUCGAAAAUAAAGGAAGAAAGUGAAAAAUCGCAGAGCUAAUAAUAUCGCUGGUAAUAAUUGUACGUGAGGAUUCAUUCGACGACGGAUCACCCGUGACAAAAACUUCAAAUGGCCAUUGUUGUUUGAUUUUUGAUCUUCGAAAUUUAAAUAGAUUCAAGCAUUGACUCACUUGCGUAACAAUGUCAAUAUCAAUCACCGUUUCACACUCCGAGUCUCGUUUCUCGACGACUCCGAUGGAGUUAGUUUGUAGGAAAUGAGAAAUUCCGAGGCUAGUUGGAGAUUCUACGAGGGAAAUAUUAGGCAGAAUUUCGUUGGCUUGACCACGCGCACGAAAGAGGGCUAACUACGCGCCAGCAAAAUCUAACCCCAAACAACAUAAAUUUAUAUCGACCUCCGAACAACAAUCCCAUCCCAAACAUUGAGCUAUGAACAUAACUUGAGUAUUAUUUAACAUAAUUAUCUAUUCACCUUGGGCUGGAACCGCCGAGAAAUCAAUAAACCGGAUCAAUUUUCACUCACACACGAACUUCAGCAAUCACGGCACAAUGGCGAGCCGCAAAUGCGGUGCGGAGGCACGAGCAACCAGCCCCGACAUCUACCUAGGGAUAUAGAAAAUUGAACCAGAAUGUCAACGAGUGAACGUCGCCUUGGCUGCGCCGACCUAGGGCGCCGAUACUACUGAAUUGAUAGGGAAUUCUUAGAUUUCAUUUGAGCGCGAAAACAGUUUGUCGUUGGUCCGACGAUUUUCCAAAAAUGAGAUGAAUUGCGAGUGAAAUGAAGCUCCCUUUUUUACAGAUGGAAAAUCUUGGGCCUUGUACCUUUUUAUUGCAGAAAAUUUUUGCGAGGGGCACAGACGCGCCUUCGGUAACAACGCGCCAUCUGGAGCAGGUAGCGUUUGCGCUACAUUCGAAAUACGAGCCUAACAAUGGAUAAUAAUACUCAAAAUUCAUGUGCGAAUUUUUUGAAGAACGCGAAGAAUCGCAUCGAGAUUCUGAGAGACAAAUGUUCAACAGCGCAGGAAAAUUCAGGGGAAAUGGCCCGAAAGGUAUCUUGCAUUGACAAAAAAAUAGACCAAGCGGAACGAGAAUUAUCCGAUGUCAAAUCACAGACCAAAGGACUGCAAGAAAUGUGGAAGAAUACGGAUGUAGAAAUCGAGAAGACGAAAUGGAUACAGGAAAAAACACUGAUAGUAUUGGAAAGCAACCGAAAAAAAAACGAAAUCCGGUCUAAGACGAUGGAUGUUAUCGGGGAGAACUAUGUCAAUUUAACAACUCGCGCGUUCAAGACUGUUCGACAGGAAGCUGAGAGGGAAAUGAUAAACAUGAUGAUAAACAGUCAGAACGAUAUGAGAAGAGAACUUCAGAACAAACUACAACAAUUGCGGAGAAUCAAGAGCGAAACUGAGACUAAUUUAGCUGAAGCAGAAAUACAGUCAAUGGAAGCUAGGGCACGUAAGGAUACCGUGCUCCGACUUCAGAGGAAACUCAAAGAUUCAGAGGCACUUAGAUCGGAGGCAGCGGCCAAAUUGAGAAAAUUGAAGGAUCGAUUGGCCGAUCUAUAGCGAAUCACGUAAAGCCAAUCCCGGAA